AUGAUGAGAGACAAUGCGAGUGGUUUCUACGGUUUGGAAGAUGGCGCUUUGCGGGGGGAGGUAGACCUGCGCGGGCGCGGUACGGAGCCAGCGUUACUCCACGAACUACAUUCAACGCUGCCACCUGCCGCGCCUGAAACCUGGCAUACCAUCUCUCUUAUUCUUAAAGGACUCAUCUUCAUCACAAUCAUUCUUGGAGCCCUCCUUGGAAAUGCUCUUGUUAUCAUAUCUGUCCAUCGUCAUCGAAAACUUCGAGUUAUCACCAACUAUUAUGUCGUCAGCCUUGCCGUCGCUGAUAUACUGGUCGCAUUAUGCGCGAUGACGUUUAACGCAACAGCUGAGCUAACUGACACUUGGCUUUUUGGGCCUAUCGUCUGUGAUAUUUUCAAUUCACUCGAUGUUUAUUUCUCUAGCGCCUCAAUUCUUCACUUAUGUUGCAUAUCUGUUGAUAGAUACUAUGCUAUAGUUCGACCGUUGGAAUAUCCUGUCACAAUGACACACAAAACAGUAUGUUUCAUGCUUGCGAACGUUUGGCUUUGGCCAGCCUUUAUUAGUUUCGUACCAAUUUUCAUGGGAUGGUACACUACGGAACAACAUCGACAAGAGAGAAGAUCUCAUCCUGAUAUUUGUAUAUUUAAAGUCAAUAUGGUUUAUGCUAUAAUAUCAUCUAGCGUUUCCUUCUGGAUACCAAGUGUUGUGAUGAUAUCAAUGUAUUGUAAGAUAUUUAGAGAGGCGAUAAGGCAGAGAGAAGCAUUGACAAGGACAUCAUCAAAUAUUUUGCUCAAUUCUGUCCAUAUAAAACACACGUCGCACAGUGCACACCAUUCACAUUACUUACAUCCUGAUAGAAGGCCAUCAGAUAUUAGUCCUAACUACAGUACGUUCACUGAAGUUGGUCCAGAAGAACCAGAGUCAGGUGGGGAAGUUGUGAUGGCUUUAGGAGAUAUUUGCCCAAGUAAAGAAGCCAGCCCUAGAAAGUCUGUAAAUAUCAGCUGUGACACAGCAAGUUCUGGAUACUGUUCAGGAGGUUCUAACAAGAGGUCUUCAAGUGGACAGCCACCAUCUGGGUGGAGACCCAGUUGUACAUCAGCUGUUGCUACGAGAGAGUAUGCUAAAGCUGCUACCGAACUUAAUUCUCAAGGUGCAUCGCUUCGAGCCGCUGGCAAGUCAUGGCGGGCGGAGCAUAAGGCCGCUCGCACACUGGGGAUUAUUGUUGGCGUAUUUUUAUUAUGCUGGCUACCGUUUUUUCUCUGGUACGUGACAACCAACGUCUGUGGUGAACCGUGUCAAACUCCACCUAUAGUCGUUGGCGUCCUCUUCUGGAUAGGAUACUUCAAUUCUGCGUUAAAUCCGCUAAUAUAUGCGUACUUUAACCGCGAUUUUCGAGACGCAUUCAAAAAUACUCUAAUGUGCGCCCUGCCUUGCUGUUUUAGUUGUUGGAAGGAUACUGAUAGCUUUUUGGCUUCAACCGAAUAU